UGGGCGGGGGGCAGCAGCUACAGCUCGGCCUCUGCUGCCUGCCCGUGCUCUUCGUGGCUCUGGGCCUGGCCUCGGACCCCAUCUUCACGCUGGCGCCCCCACUGCAUUGCCACUACGGAGACUUUGCCCCCAACACCUCUGGCUGGGAGCAGCCCCCCAACGCCAGCGGUGUUGGCGUCGCCAGUGAGGCGCUUGCCGCCAGCGCCGCCAGCACCGCCAGCCGCGUCGCCACCAGUACAGACCCUUCGUGCAGCGGCUUUGCCCCGCCGGACUUCAACCACUGUCUCAAGGAUUGGGACUAUAACGGCCUGCCAGUGCUCACCACCAACGCCAUUGGCCAGGUUUGGCCGUCGUGGGAUCGUGUUGCUGACCCUGGGGCUGGUGGGCCCCUGCGGAGUGGGUGGGGCUGCUGCAGGCUCGUCCACAGGUGUCAUGGCUCUUCGAUUCCUCCUGGGCUUUCUGCUUGCUGGUGUUGACCUUGGUGUCUACCUGAUGCGCCUGGAGCUGUGUGACCCAACUCAGAGGCUUCGGGUGGCCCUGGCAGGGGAGUUGGUGGGGGUGGGGGGGCACUUCCUGUUCCUGGGCCUGGCCCUUGUCUCUAAGGACUGGCGAUUUCUGCAGAGAAUGAUCACCGCUCCCUGCAUCCUCUUCCUGUUUUAUGGCUGGCCUGGUCUGUUUCUGGAGUCUGCACGGUGGCUGAUAGUGAAGCGACAGAUUGAGGAGGCCCAGUCAGUGCUGAGAAUCCUGGCUGAGAGGAACCGUCCCCAUGGGCAGAUGCUGGGACAGGAGGCCCAGGAGGCCCUGCAGGACCUGGAGAACACCUGCCCUCUCCCUGCAGCAUCCUCCUUUUCCCUCACAUCCCUCCUCAACUACCGAAACAUCUGGAAAAAUCUGCUUAUCUUGGGCUUCACCAACUUUAUUGCCCACGCCAUUCGCCACUGUUACCAGCCUGUGGGAGGAGGAGGGAGCCCAUCGGAAUUCUACCUGUGUUCCCUGUUGGCCAGUGGCACAGCGGCCCUGGCCUGUGUCUUCCUGGGGGUCACCGUGGACCGAUUUGGCCGCCGCGGCAUCCUGCUUCUCUCGAUGACCCUCACUGGCAUCGCGUCCCUGGUCCUGCUGGGCCUGUGGGAUUAUCUGAAUGAGGCCGCCAUCACCACCUUCUCUGUCCUUGGUCUCUUCUCUUCCCAAGCUGCUGGCCUCCUCAGUACCCUCCUUGCUGCUGAAGUCAUCCCUACCACUGUCCGGGGCCGAGGUCUGGGCCUGAUCAUGGCACUGGGGGCACUUGGAGGACUGAGUGGCCCAGCCCAGCGCCUCCACAUGGGCCACGGAGCCUUCCUGCAGCAUGUAGUGCUGGCGGCCUGUGCUCUCCUCUGCAUCCUCAGUAUCAUGCUUCUGCCAGAAACCAAGCGCAAGUUCCUGCCUGAGGUGCUCCGGGAUGGGGAGCUGUGCCGCCGACCUUCUCUGCUGAGGCAGCCACCCCCUAACCGCUGUGACCAUGUUCCGCUGCUUGCCACCCCCAACCCUGCCCUCUGAGUGGCCUCUGAGCACCUUGGCAGGAGGCUGGCCCAUACAGAAAGGUGACAUAAGGCCCUAGCAAGGAGAUUGGGAGGACUGAGUGAGGAAGGCAGGCUGCCCAGAAGGCUCAGAGGCAGCUCACGCCAGCCAACAAGGAGAGCCCAGAGGGCUGUCCUUACCCUAUCUCUUCCCUGCUGCUUUGUGUUCACUUCCUUAGCAAGAGUCAGGGGACAGGGAGAGAGCUCCACAGUGUAAGCACCAGGGCUGGGCUUCAUCCUGUGCCCAAAGACAUCCUCCCAGACCUCAUUCUUUCUUGCUCUAUCAUUCUAUUUCAAUAAAGACAUUUUGAAUAAAUGA